CACCCUGGCUGCAUCACCUUAUAAGCAAGGAAACAUGGAGAAAGAAAGAGACCAGAAAAAUCGACAAGAGUUGCAACCGAAGAAGAGCCAGACAGAGCAGAUUUCUCUAAAUGGAGAGCCUACACCGUGAGCAUGUCAUCGGGAUUCCUGUGAGCUCCGUCGCAUAUGCUGGAGGGGAGGAACUGCCAGGAAAUCCUGCUCCUUCCCACUGCAAACAGAAGAAGGACUCUGUUGUCGACUGGAUGAGCAAGCUCGGAGAGAAGGCAGGAGGCUUCCGCGAACAUGUGAUUUUGGGUCCCAAGAUCUCUGAAACCAUGAAGGGGAAGCUGAGCAUGGGAGCUCGGAUUGUUCAAGCAGGUGGGGUCGAGAGGGUCUUCAGACAAGCCUUCUCCAUCGUGCCAGGCGAAAAGUUGCUCAAAGCCUUCCAGUGCUAUCUUUCAACCACAGCUGGUCCCAUCCCGGGCAUGCUUUUCGUUUCCACUGACAAGAUCGCCUUCCGCAGCGAUCGAUCCCUCAAAUUAACUUCUCCUAAAGGAGGCUUGGUUAGAGUGCCUUACAAGGUUUUGAUUCCACUCGGUAGGAUAAAGGAAGCCAUCCAGAGUGAGAACACUACCAAGCCAAACCAGAAGUACAUCCAGAUACUCACAGAGGAUGAUUUCGAGUUCUGGUUUAUGGGUUUUGUCAACUGUGAGCGAUCCUUCAGGUACUUGCAGCAGGCAAUCUCAGUGUCCAAUGAGCAAGAUGAGUAGUACAUGGAGUCAAGAGAAGGCAUCAAUACAACAUCUUGUUGUGACAGAUAGCAAAAUUGCUCUACAAUUUUUCUUAGGAGCAAAGUUUGAUAUUUGUGGCUGAAAAGAGGAUUUGUUAAUGGUAUCUCUUUAUUCUCUCUUAAUGUAUAAUACUAUCAUACAAAAGCAGCAACCAUCUUGGAAUAUGAAGUUAUAA